AUGAGGAGCUACGCAUCUUCAAGCAGGCUGUUGCUUGAGAGUGCCUCUGCAUCCAGAACUGCCCCGCCUUCGAGUCGGUCGCUUCACAACUUCGCUCCAACGCUCGAAGCGUGGAAAGAGCGCAGCAGCCGCAACAGCUCGGCCAAACAGCUCAACGAGCAGCGGAAGCAGAACAAGGUCACCGACACUAUUCUCACAGCAUCUAGGCUCGGCAGACAUGCGGAUUCGAUAUCGAAAGAUCAGUCCGACCGCUUCUCGGGAUGGAAACGCACGCCAGGUCCUAGCACACGGCGCAACGUGGGUCGGCCAAAGCUUUCCCACGAAGCAGGGAAGAGUCUGAGUCGCGCGGUUGCGUCCGACAAUGUAGAGACCCUGCUAGGCUCACACGCCUCCUCCGUGCUACUACAGCCGCUGUUGAACCUCGAGAAGGAUUGCGACGCCUUCGAAGUGGGCAGCUCGCACGGACAGAUCUCGGCACGCGACUUCAUGGCUCCCCGCCGAGACCUGAGGCCAGGCGACUUCGUCGAGGUGCGCCGCAACUACACUGGAGUCGGCAUCGUCCUCCCUCCACCCGACGAUGUGAUGUCGAGCAAUCGCGACAAGAACGUGCAGAAGGCUAGUGCGGGUCUAAAAGACCUCUACGUGCUCGUCGCGUCCGGCCAAAUUGUGCUGUACAAGGACAACGAUGUGAUGAUCCAGAUUCCUGGCGUCAUCGAGACCAAGCUCGCGCGCGCAGCUGCCGCGCUCAGCAAACAGUACGUCGUAUCGAGCAACAGCCUCGACAGUCCGGCCAACCGAGAUGGGUCGUACGACUCGCAUGCUUCUUCGAACACGGCCGACGUCGACCCGACCGAGGGCACCGCGAUGCAGGAGGAGCCCAUCGACAUUCCACGCUUCGAAACACGCGCGUCGAUAUGCAACAAGCUGCGUAUACUGGAGAGGCAGAAGGAGAAGGAGCUGCAGCGACUGCUGCCGAGCUUCCAGUCGCUCUUCCUGAUCGAUAGCGCAGCGCAGCAGACGGAGGAGGCGGAGGAGCUCAGAAAGCAGCGGAUGGACCUUCGCACUGGAGCAAUCACAACGUUCGAAGCGGCAAGACUCAUGCACAAGCUACAGGCGCAGCGUAAGAAAGGCGACGAAGACCAGCCCUUCACCGCAAGCACAGUCUAUGCUGCCCAUGCUCUUCUCAUGUCGCACCCGACGCAUUUCUUGGCCGACGCACUGUCGCAUCGCACCAGUCAGCUUUUCACCUGCCGCAGCGAUGCCGAGCGAGGUAACACUCGUCUGAUCUCAGACUGGAUCUCUGGUCCACCUGGCUCCGAGGGACAGCAGCACAUCGAAGCGUUCUGCCACAAAGCCAGCAAGCUCCGUCAAUAUGCCGAGGAGCACCCGCACGACCUUUCCGGCGCGCCUCGCAUCGUCUCCGCCCCCAAUAAAGACCUCGAAAUCACAUGGACUCCCCAAGACAGAUCGAUCAUCGAGUUCCUAGAAGCGAGUCUGGGCUCGCGCCGCGAGGUGCAGGAGGACACGCACGGGAGCAUCGCGAUGCAGAUCGUCAAGCGCGCCGGCGGGCAUUUCCGCAUCCUCCCGCACCCAAACACGAGUGAGCUGAUGGAGGUGGACCAGGCGAUGGGCUCGCUGGUGGUGGACCAGGGUCGACCGCUGGGCAAGUCGAUCUUGCAGAUGGUGGGCACGGAUGCGAUUGCGGGGCCUGAUCUGCAGCAUGCGUUGGUGGUGCAGUUUCUCACGGCCAUCGGCAGACUGCCACCGUGGCAGAACCCGAUCCGGCUCGAUGCGUCGUUUCGCAGUGCGACGAUGGGCGAGGAUGGAGGUCGACCCGAGGACGAGCUUUCCGACAAGGAGGUCGCUUCUUCCAUCGAAUCCCCCGCCAAGAAGUACGGCCUGACGCUCGACCAGCAAGUCGAAGCGAUGCGACACGACUUUGGGCAAGACCACACGGUGUACGUCAUCGACGACGAAGGCGCGUUUGAGCUGGACGACGGAAUCUCCAUCGAGCGCGUUCACAGUCAGGAGCAAGCGUGGGUGCACAUUCACAUUGCCGAUCCCACUGCGUGGAUUCAACCCGACGACGAGAUUGCUCAGCGCGCAGAGCGACGUUUCAGCACGCUCUACUUCCCCGAGGCACGAUGGGCGACGUUGCCGGACGACUUUGUGCGCGGCGGCGUGGGUCUGCGUCCCGCCUCCGAGCAGGUCGCAGGAGUCGGUCAGCGAGUCAUGACCUUCAGUGCGCUCGUCGAUCUUUCGACUGGUCUCGUUCAGGAUACUAAGGUUCGACCGGCGCUCGUGCACGAUGUACAGACGACGUCGUAUAGCCACGUCAACGACAUGCUCUCCGACAAAUCUGCAGCGAAGCCGUCUGACCUAUCGCUGCUGCUGCAAGUGGCGACGAAGCUCAGCGAGAGCCGCACCCGAAGCACCGCUUUUGUCGCCCACCGAGUCAACCCGUCGGUCCGAGUCUCGCCCUUACCCCUCCCAGAGCUUCCCCUGACAGCAUCGGCGCUGCAAAAGCCCUAUUUCUUCGCAGGCUUCCCAACGAUUGACGUCACCACGGCAGGCUCUGCAACCAACGCAUCUCCCUCCGUACCUGCGCUCUCGCAAUUCCUCGUCUCAGAACUGAUGCUCUUGGCAGGUCGAAUCGCCGCCUCCUACGGCAAGACACACGAUCUCGCCCUUGCGUACCGCUACCAGCUUCGACCGGACUCUCCUCGCGACAUCGACGAGCUCCUCUCGAUGCGCACGCACCUUCCCUCUGACGGCACCGCGGUGGCCCCGCCCGUAUCUGCGGGUGGAACGGUAGGCCACGGUCUCGUAGCGUACCACGACAUAGUUACACGAGGGCUCACCAUCAGUGCUGGCGGCUACUCCGUCCAACCCGCAGAGCACUUUUCGCUGGGUAUUGGCACUCCACCCUCCCCCUCGCAACGAGACGCGCUUUCGAGCAGCGGCUACGUGCGCGCCACCUCGCCUCUUCGUCGUUACCCCGAUAUGCUGGUGCACUGGCAGAUUAAGCACCACCUUGUCCACUCCAGCCCGCGGUUUGGGACGCACGAGAUCGAACGCGUCCUCCCGCAGCUCGAGCGUCAGGAACGCAGCACCAAGCAGCUCAUGCGCAGUGCGAAUCGUUUCUGGGUACACGCCCUGUUGCAGCGGUCGUUGUUGGAUCCAACGCUGAAGGAGGGGAGAUUGGAUGGGCCGUUCAAGGCGACGGUGGUGCUGCCAGAUGUAAGGUUCAACGCGGGCACCCUGGGCGCAAGAGUCAGGGUCGAGAUUGCAGAGUUGGGCAUUCCGGCGGAUAUGGAGUGGGGGACGAGCGAGGCGCAGCCGACUGCGGGGGACACGUUUGAGGUCCGACCGGUGGCCGUGGUCAUGGCUGGUAUUCGGUCUGGGUUGACUGUGAGGCGAUGUUAG